AUGACGAUCACCGCUCGAUGCCAUAAGCUUCUGGAAGCUGAGAUCCUUCAGCGAUCCUCACAAAUUGUCUCAGUUAUCAGUGACCAGGUAUACAUUUUCGGUGGAGAACUGCGACCCCGAGAGCCCCGAGACAAUGAUUUUCACGCCGUGAACUUGGAAAAUGCUACCUCAGUAACCUCUCAAGCCGCAUCAUCUCAAGCUCCAUGCCCCCGAGUCGGAACAGCUUCUGCGACUCUCAACGGAAAUAUCUACUUAUUCUCCGGCCGAGGAGGCGUCGCAAUGGCCCCGAUCGAAGAAACCGGCGCAGUAUGGGAAUAUGACCCUUCCACCGCAACUUGGACUCUAUUACAGCCCUCGGACACCUCAAAAUCAUACCCGGCUGCCCGGAGUUAUCACUGCAUGACCAGCGACGGCAAGGAUAAAAUCUAUGUCCACGCAGGGUGUCCUGAAAAUGGAAGACUUUCAGAUCUAUGGGCUUUCAGUAUCUCCCGGAACGAGUGGACUGAGCUUGCGCAGGCAUUCGAUCCUCCUCGCGGCGGUACAUCUAUUGCGUUUGCCGAUGGGAAAGUGUAUCGUAUGAAUGGGUUUGAUGGUAAAACGGAGCAGGGUGGAAACCUGGAUAUCUAUACUGCUGAGACCAAUUCUUGGGACUCUCAUGUGUAUUCACCGGAUAGUCAAGAUGGUCCAUCGCCGCGCAGCGUCAGUGCUUUAUUACCCAUUUCCAUCAACGGUCGGUCUUAUCUGAUUACCCUGUUUGGGGAGCGGGAUCCUAGUUCUUUGAGACACCAGGGUGCAGGAAAGAUGUUGGAGGAUGUAUGGGGAUUUGAUGUCGAGUACAAGAAGUGGGAGAAGGUGGAUUUGCAAGGGAGUGAGCUUCCAGCUGCGCGAGGCUGGUUCGAUGCUGAUUUUGCAGGCCCGGGUUCUCUGAUUGUGCAGGGAGGUCUUGGGGAGUCGAAUGAUCGACUUGGUGAUGUCUGGAAACUUGAUUUUGCAUGA